AGAAUUUGAAUUAAUGGGAGGGGAGAAAGAUUAUUUCAGGAUGAGACAGUGAGUGUGGCAAAGAUAGGGGAAAUAUAAAUCUUGCUUUGUAAUCCUUUUAAUUGUUUUAUUUUCGUAGUCUUUAUAUUAAAAACUGUAUUUAGAAUAAAACCAAGUAUGUCUUUUAACAGAUGUGCUAAAUCCAUUUGAAUGGCUCUCCAGAAAACUGUAUUGCUGAGCUCUGUUCUCCUCUCAGUGUGUUGGGGUGCCCUACAGGGCCAGAGGAACGUUCCUCAGUACCAUGAGCUGAUGAGACAGGGUCAUGUCAAGCUAAAUCAGGGGGAGUCUGAACCCGAUUUUAUCCACAGAUUCAAUGGUACCACUAUGCUUCAGAAAAUGCUAUCACUGGACUCAAUGUAUGACCAGUUUUUGCUCCUUAAGAAGGAAUUUAUGACUGAUCUCGGGUCUCCGAUCAAAAUGUCGGGGGGUUGUAGUGUUGGACUUCAGCUAUUACUUGAUGGUUUGAAGGAAAGAAGUCUCUGGUCUCUAAAAAUGCUUGAUGCCAUAGGAAAAGUUCCCAGUGGUAUAUUUGACGGUGAUUUCAUAUGGCCCGGUCAGUAUGAUGGGUGUAACGCAAUAAGUCAGGCAUUCACAGAUAGAAUCACUUUCAAUGAGACUUUCCUGGUUCGAGGGAAAUAUUUUGUUGCAGGAUUGUUGAAUCCUUUGGGGUAUAACACCACUGAUCUUAUGAUUGGGGUCUGCCUGCCUGAUGCAUGUACUGCUACUGAUGUUAAAGAAGUGUUGGAAUUAGCAUUUUUAGAGCUGUAUCAAUAUACAAACAAAACAAUCAAGCUUUCUCUGAAAUAUGUGUAUCAUCAAGAAGUAAAAUACAAGAGCUCUCCAGAGUUUAUUGCUGCCAGUGUGAUCUGUUCCAUCAUUGGCUUUCUAUUAUUGCUGGGCACUCUUUACGACAUGUUUAUAAAUCAAGGUGUCGACUCCUCGGAAAUCGGAGAUGUGAGGAUUGAUAAACAGGACAGCAACGCACAGUCCCUUAAUUCGGACACUACACAUCUGAUCUCGGAUGGAACUCUAAUAUCUGUCCUGUCAUUCAGAAACAAGGUCUUACACAACAUCAGCACAAAUGGCAGUAAGGUUCUGAACACCGAUGCCCUCCCCCCUACCGCGUUGCUCGCUCUCAAUGGGGUUAGGGUACUCAGUAUGGGCUGGGUCAUUCUAAGCCAUUCUUAUUCCUUCACACAGAGUAUUGCAAGUACGUUGACCCCUACCUUUAUGCUGUUUAUCCUGGUGUACACGGCCUACUUCCAGUAUAGGGGGUCGGGACCUCUCUGGACCCUGACGUCCCCCGACUACCAGAAGUGUAAGGAUUACUGGUGGAGGAAUAUUCUGUAUAUCCAGAACUUCUUUACCGUCAGUGAAGAGGUAAACUUGAUUUAA